AUGGGAGCUUCACAAUCGACACCUUCUGCCCCUUCGCCGGUGGCUGUCGCAAAGCCGAACCCUACGAACACCACCACCGCCGCCUCCGACAAGCCCAAGCCCUGCUGCGUGUGCAAGGAGGAAAAGUCGAAGCGAGACGAGUGCAUGCUCUUCUCAAACGCAAAGGACCCGGCCGAGGACUGCAAGUCGCUGGUGGAGCAGUACCGCACAUGCAUGUCGGGAUACGGAUUCCAGGUUUAA